AUGGACCCCGAGUCGGUCGUCUCUCAGGACCAUCGCAAGAUCGAGCUGCAGAGCAACGAGGACCUGGCCUACCUGAUCGCAAAUGUCCGCCGUGCCGCAGCCGAACGCCUCAACGAGGCGUUUCCACACGUCGAGGGCGAGGACGGCGAGGAUGAAUUGCGAAACAAGAUCGAAGAGCUCGUGAACGAGUACAUCAACAAGACAUUCUCCCUCGCCUCCCCGAAUAUAGCGAUCAACGGCCUCCCAGUCGCAUCCGACUCGUUCCUCGCCGACACCGCCGGCAACACGGCGCCCGAGCCCACGUACGAGCCCUUUGACACCCGCAAGCGCCGGCGCGUGGCCGACCUCAUCACGCAGGAGGAGAAGCUCCUAGAGGACGUCGCGGCGCUCAAACGAUCCGUCCCCGCAACCGCUGCCGCCUCUCGGGCCGAGCAGCUCCACGAUAGCCUCAAGCGCGACGAUGAUAUGCUCGAGGCGCACAAGGCACAUGCGGCUGGGGCGGCGGCCGAAGUGGACCUCGAUGUCAAGGUGCUCGAGAGGCAAGAAGGCGUCGAGGCUGGGUUCCGCAAAGCCGUGGAGGGACUGGGGCGGCUAAAGAGGGACAUGCCCGCAGUGGUAGCCAAGAUGGAGAGGGCGCGUGUCGCUGGUGAAUACGUGGUUACGCAAGGGCGGUGA